AUGGCAACUUCAAUCGGUCAAACAGCUAUUCGUCCUAAAUAUCAGACAACAUGUGUUCACCAUAAAGGGAAACAACUGGAUCUUUACUGCAAGAAAUGUCAAGAAUCCAUUUGUCCAACAUGCAUUACUUCUAUUCACAAAAAACAUCCUGUUUGUGAGAUCAGUGACAUCACUUCUCAAAAGAAACGAGACAUUAAAAACUUCAUCGACAAGACAGAACAAAACGACCUUUUACAAGUUAAGAAAUAUAUCACUUCUGCUGACACGCUCCUUAAAGAAAACACUAGUAAUUUUGAAAAACUUUCCCACAAACUGAAAACUCAAACAGAUAAAUUAAAACAAGAUCUUGAUCUGCUAACAGGACAGACACUUUCUAUUUAUAAAAAGAUACAAGAUGACAAUACCAAGCUGAUACAGAAAUACAAGGAAGACCUGGAGAUGUAUGAACAUGACCUCCAACAACAGAUACAGGAAUGUAAGAGAGCACUUCAGGUUGACUCUCACCUGGAAAUCUACAAUACAGAAUGUGAAAUAUAUUCUUCAAUACACCUACCUGUAAAACCUGUCCUGGGGACUGCCUCCUUCACUUCAAACUCAAAUCCUCAUCAACAUCUACAGUUUGCCUUAGGGGAAGUUGUCACCUCAAGUCAAACAUCAACUGACCGGGAACAGUCAGUCUUUGCAUCAGGUCAAUCAGAAGUUACGAGGAAGAAAUCAGUGCCAAAGAAAAAGCUACGGUCAAAGACCAAGGUGUUGGGGAAGUGGGUGGAUCUACAUGGCAGUGGUGCUGUAUGUCCCACCACUGAUCGUCAGGUGUGGACUAAGAGCGAUACCACGAUAAUUCUCCUGAACAGAAAGGGUGAAGAAAUACAGAAGGUCAGUAACAGGACUUACAUCAAUGACAUCAGUCUAUCACCCACAUCACACACACUGUGGGUCUGUGACUGGGAUAACAACAUCAUGGAGCUGGUAUCAGGACAACUCAUAAACAAAUUCACAACCAAGGAGCACCCCAUGUGUAUAUGUGCUACAGCCAGUAAUCAUAUCAUUGUGGGGAUGUACAAACAGCUCUCCAAAUUUACUACACAAGGUCAAAUGGUACUCACUUUGAUGGCUGCGAGGACUGGGAAACCAAUGGUGUGUUCACCAUUCAGGAUAUCCGAGUGUCAAGUAACUCACAAUGUUGCAGUGAUUGAUUUCAACAACGAAAGUGAUGGUGGUGGUGGAAACAGUAUUGCAGUCAUGGAUACUGACUUCCAGGAACUGUUUGUAUAUAGAGGUGACAUCCCAAGUACAUAUAAACAAACGCCGAAAACAGGAAGUGAACCAUUUAACCCCUUUGGUGUGGCAUAUGACAGCAUGGGGAACCUCAUCAUUGGUGACAAUGAUAACUGUAGGGUCCUACUCCUCAGUGGAGGUGGUGAGUUCCUCAGGAUCAUAUACUCAGACACAGACAAGAUAAGGGCUGUAGGUUUAGAUAGGGAGGAUGUCUUGUGGUUAAAACUUGGGUUAGUGAUGAAACUAUUACAGUACAGCAAAUAG